GAGAUUAUUGCUCAUUCGCUCGCUCGAGUUGUUACGCGAGCGAUGACGUGACGCGCCGUCGUGCGGGCGCGGCGGCGACUCGCACGUUCCUCGUCGAAGAGCGCACCGCGCGAAAUCGAUUCCCAACAAGUAGCGGCGCUUUCCCCCCCCCCCCCCUCCUCCCCGCCGUACCGUCGCCGCCGCCGCCACGCCGCCGUUUACUAAUGCGCCGCAAAAACGAGCGCCGAACCUAACCUCCAACGGCCGCAGAGCCGCGUGCGUCGCACGUCCGCAGUUAUUUUCCCUUUGUUUUUUUCUCUCUUCACACUCCGCCUGACUUAUCGCACGUCAGCUCCUCGUCGCUCCACGUCGUCUCCCGCCGCUUCUCUCAGUCAGUCUUGUCCGCGCGCGGCGAAGCGCGGGACCGAAAGGGGGAACCCACCGAAUUGCGCGCCGUCGUCAUCGGAGGGCGAUCGAUAAGAUCCCCGAGUGUCGUCGAUCAUUCGGACUGCACAACACAACAAUCCCGGACGUGGAGCGUCGCAUCGCGUGGGAACGCAUCGGCGAUGAAGCGGGAUGACUAGACGAUGCCGUCAUUCUCUAUGGGCGGCACGGCGGUUUGCAAUCGGGGGAUGUCGCACGGACGGUGCUCCUAGGUGAGAGAUGUCUCGCAGUCUGCCGGACCGAGUGGCCGGGCUCUAUUAUGCCCACGGCCUCUUCUGCUCCUCCCAUCCCGUCAUCGUGCUCUCGCUCGCGAUAUCGGUUCUCUUAUUAUGCUGCUGUCCGCUCGUCAAUCUGCCCAUGCCGGGCAACGCACCGAAAACCCUGAUCAACAACACUGUCCUACCAGCGAAUGGCACAGAGACCUCGGUACUGUACGUCCAGCAAGUAGUGCUAAGAGUCGGAGUGAUACCAUGGAGCGAGGACCUGACACUGAUGGACGCCUUCAGGGGACCCCUGUACGAGGUGUUCAAUCUCUUGGAGAUCAUACAGAACUAUCAGCAUCCAGAAACAUUGAAAACACUUGGCCAGGUAUGCUUGCAUAUCGAAGCAGUGAAGAAAAGUGGUAAGAAGACCGAGGUCUUACCAGAAUACAACUGUCUCGUUUUAUCUCCCGCGAAUCUCUGGCAACAAAGUAUAGAGUUAUUUGCUCAAGAUACAAAUCUCAUUAAUACAAUAUUUUCGUAUCAGAAUUUUCAAAGAGGUAAGAUAAGUCUUGCAGAAGUAAUGUUUGGAAUGAGCUUGAAAGAAACUGGAGUGAAACGGUAUCCUGCUCGGGUUCGCCAAAGAAUCCUUCAAUAUGCCGUAACCAUUUACUUGAAAAAAUAUGAUAAGGAAUUCAUAAAAGGAUUGCAGAACCGACUGAGAACUUACUAUCAUCUGCAUCAAAACGUUGACAAUAACACGGAUGUUGAUGCGCGUGAAGAUAUAUUGAGUAUUUUUUAUCCCGGUGAAUUCAAUUAUAGUGAAUUCUUUCCACUGAUGAUGACUUCCCUAGCCUUAUUUUUUUACGAGUACUUCCAAGUGCGAAAAAUAGAACUGGUAAAAUCUAAGAUUGGCAUUGCGUUUAGUGCCAGUGUGACGGUGAUGGGUUCACUAUCGAUGACUAUGGGUGUGUGCUUCUUCUUCGGUCUGACAUUGAGUAUGAGCGCCAAGGAGGUAUUUCCGUAUCUAGUGAUUAUCUUCGGCCUUGAAAAUGUUCAGGUGUUGACUAAGAGUGUCGUCAGCACGCCUGCCCAAUUAGACGUAAAAAUACGCGUCGCUCAGGCCUUAUCUAAGGAAGGAUGGUCCAUUACAAAGAAUCUACUCACGGAAGUGACGAUCCUGACUAUCGGGUUGUUCACCUUCGUUCCCGCUAUUCAGGAAUUUUGCAUAUUCGCCAUUGUCGGGCUAUUCACCGAUUUCUUCCUGCAAAUGGUAUUCUUCUCGACGAUUCUGGCGAUUGACAUUAGACGUACGGAGCUAUCUAAUGAGAACUCCAAGUUUCACCUGUCGCAUAUUCAGAUGUCGCGCAAACAACAGUUCACCACUACCAUUACCAACAGGAAACCCCAUAUAUUCCGCUCCAAGUCUCAUCCGAGAUUAAACGGUCUGUCUGCAGGCCCGACGAAUGUUAUUGCCCCGAACACGCAGAAUACGCACACGCUGGCCAAAAUACCCAAGCGUUUAAAAUUAGUGCAUUUCUGGGCGCGGACGCGAAUUUUCCAGCGCGCAUUUAUGGUGUGGAUGAUCGUCUGGAUAAGCAUGACUAUCAACAAUUCCGGCAUUAUUGAACACAUAAUACAUCUUAGCGAGACAUUAAAGCCGGAAACUGACAUUGACGGAUAUACGGUUGACAAGCCUCAAUCGUUAAAUUAUGUUGAGCCAAAUACGGCAACACCUAUAUCCGUAUCACCUGCAACUAUGACCUCGGACAAUUUACACGAACAGGAUUUAACUGAUAAUGUAACAGAGGAAUUAAACAAGCUAAGACCUGUGGACUUUCCACCUUGGAAUAGUUUAUCGUUGUAUCACUGGUCUUCGAUUCUCUCGAUGUAUAACGUGUCGAUCGCUGGAGGACGAGUAACUAUACUACCGACGAUAAAGUUAUCGCACGCGGUAAGCCCGCAAUUAGCAAAACAAAUCAGCAAUCCAAAUGACGUUCAACACUUCCAGUGGCAGAGUCUUGCUACCGCCGCGCUCGAUCCUUUAGAUUUUUCAGAUAUGGAGGUACCAUCGAGAUCGGAACGACGUGUAUUUAAUGCGGACGCACCUUUCGUACCGUCGAGUCCAAUGGAAAUAUUUCUGGCCGCUCUGCUAUGUCUCAUCAGCGUAAUCGUGGUCGCUUAUACGAUGGUCGUAUUAUAUCGUUGUAUCUGCUCGAGAAAUUACGCAGAAUGGCGAGCCAGCUGGCAUCAGCAGGAAAAGACGCACGACUCCGUUACUCAGUUAGUGCUGGAGGUAGCACCUUUGGUUCUGGAAGGUCACAAUCAGGAAGUAGAGUGUAUCGCAACGGAUGGCAAUACUGUCGCUAGUACAUGUUUAGCGGGACACAUAAGAAUAUGGGACACAACGUCUGGCGAACAAUUGGCACAUAUUGAUAGACGACAAUUCUUCAGCGGUCCGCCGAAAACGUUGAGUCAAAUGUCACCGGAUGCCGACGAGCUAAUGUCGGAUUACGAAAGUGGCUCGCCGCCCUCUAGAGGAGAGAUGGAAGCGGUGCAGUCGAUGGGACUUUAUUCACCGGCUUCGAUGUAUCAGACAAAAUUAUCGCCCGCUUAUAAUAUGCGAAGGAUUAACAGCAAUAACAACAAUCACAAAAGAAGAUCUGUAGGAAACACGUUAGAUUACGAUUAUCAAAUUAACGAACUCGGUAGCGAGAAUAAACAGAAAUUAUUACGACGGAGCUUAGGCAGCGCUUACGAUCUUCCCGAUCUAAAACCAGCCAUUAACAUUAAAUUCUCAAACAUAAAAUAUACACCAUCGCAACAGAAUUACGAUCAAGGUUUCGACUUUGGGGAGCGAUAUAAAAUCUUAUUAGAUGAGCACAAUAAGUCGAUCGAAGAGAUGCAAAAGUCUAAAGCCAGAGAACAUAUGAAUGUUCUUUUCACGAGAUCAAACAAUUUAGUUGAUAGCACAUCCUCCAUAAAUACUGAUCGCACGUUACAAUCAUCUCACGUUAUAUCGGCGAUUUGGUGCAUGGAUUAUCAGGAAAAUCUCAUAGUAGUGGGAUGCGCUAAUGGCAGUCUUGAAUUCUGGGAGGGUACGACCGGUAGAUUCAAGUGCCUCUUCGAUGAUGGAUCAGGACUUGGAAUCUCUGCCGUUAGACUUGUCGGUAGCAGAGUAGUCGCAGCUAAAUUGAAUGGAACUGUCGAUUUUCUGCAACUUGAGAGCUACAGUGAAGGUCAGCAGAUUGACUGGGGUUUCACAUCUUACAGAAGAACACAUGUGCGAACGGGAAGCGCUGGUUCGCCCAUGGACCUAAAUAACGCUAUGCAAACAGAGGAAGACCUGCGCUGUAUGAAAAUUGGUUCUCAUAGGGCACAUCAACAAGCGAUUACUGUUUUAGAUAGCGAAGGUGGACGCGUAUUAACAGGCAGCCAGGAUCACACCUUAAAAGUAUACAGACUAGAAGAUCAGCUACCCCUAUAUACACUUCAUGGACAUUGUGGUCCGAUAUCGUGCCUCUUUAUCGAUAGAAUAAGUCCCAUGACAUCUGGCAGUGGGUCGCAAGAUGGAUUAUUGUGUGUGUGGGAUCUUUUAACAGGAGCAUGCGUGUAUAGUAUUCAAGCUCACGAUGGUGCUGUAGCCGCUAUCACAUGUUCAGUGUCUUAUGUGAUAAGUAUCGGAACAGAUGAAAGACUGUGUGUCUGGGAACGUUUUCAAGGACACUUAUUACAUACUUUGCCAGCACAUAAAGCAGCUUAUUGUUUACAGUUGGUGAUGUUAACGCAUCAACUUCUCAUAACUAGCAAUCAGGGAUCAUUAGUAGUUUGGGAUGUAAGAACGGGCGAGCCAGUGCGAGAAGUAAGAUUGGGUCAUAAAGACAGCUGCAUUUUCAUAAAGCAAAUGUUGGCGUUAAGGGACAGCGUCGUCUGCGAUUACGGUCGACAGUUAAGAAUAGUCAGAUUUCCAUUGGUUUCUGAUAAACUGGACUAAAUUCUUCAUAAGCGCGUGUACAUAGCCGUUUGAUUCUUUAUCUAGCAUUAUUAUUUGAAGAAGUCUUAUGUUUAUUAGUCUGUCUAGAUCUUAUAAACUAUAGAUUUUUAUACAACAUAUAUCGCGUGUAUCUUCUAAAGAAUGAUGUAUAUUUUCGAUGUAAGUUUAUGUUAUAUAAUAAUAUACGUCUUUACGGGAAUAUAUUUUUUAUCCGAUAAAAUGCUAUAUACAGGAAUAAUUACAUUUUCGAUUUUUAUGCUAUCGAUAUUAAUAAUAUAAUCGAUUAUAAUUAAACACCAAUUGAAAAGAUUGGAAGAAAUGAAAAUUAUAUAGUUAUUAUGUAAUUGUACGCGUUCUUAUUCAUAGUUUUAUUUAAUGUAAAUAAAACUAAUUCAGAAUUUUGAACUUGAUGACAAUGUAAAACAACAAUUUUGGCAUGCGUUUAUUUGAUAUUUUAUUACGUGCAUAGUGGCUGUGCUUCAUUUUGGAACAUGUUCGCUUUCGUUAUGUAAUAUAAAAAACGCUUAAUGUUCUAUUUAAACAUUUUUAAUUGUUUUACGAUAACUAUCAUCGUGAUAAUAUACAUGCAUUUGUAAAACCGUUGUUGUUCUCUAAUACAAAGACAUAAUAUAAAAGUGACUUUAACAACAAUAUUACAGCAAUGAUGCAAUAAAAAUAAUAAUGCAUCUAUAGAAAAUUGUAAGUAAUUUUAAAUAUUUCUGUCUAAAAAAUGAAUGUUAGAGAGAAUUAUGGAAUUUAUAAAAAUUUAUUUAAAAAUGUAUCUGCUUUCACUUCUUGAAAUCAAAUAAUGUCAUAAUGUCAUAUUCGUUGAAAUUGUAGUAUUUAUGUAAAACUUAUUUAUGAAUGUUUACGCACAAGUAAAUUUUUUGUGUAGAUGAAAAUGAACCAACAUUGUGUGCAUCAGGUUUUAAAAGUGCCUUUAUCAUAUCCGUCAUUUUCAUCUUCAUAUCUAGAGAAAAGAAGAGAAAUAAAAACGUAGACAAACAUAAUAAAAAGAAAUAAUUUUGUUCCUCAUUACAUAAUAUAUGUUAAGUGAAACGAAUUUGAGAAUAUAUUUUCUAUUUAGUUAGAAUUUUGCAGAUGUAUCUUACUAAUUUAUCUAAUAGCGUAACAAUUAUUUUUAAAUAUUUUGUAUUUAUUACUACUAUUAUUUAACGGAAAAAAUUGAAUAUACUCGAAUUAUUUUAAAAAUCUUAGAACUGUAACUGUUAUUUUUAAAUAUGUCUGUUGUGUAAUGUUACGGCUUAGAUUAAUUUAUUUUAUGAAUAUAUAAAGAGUUAAAUAUGUAAGAUAAUUCUUUUAAUUACAUGUCAAUAUUUUAUCUAAUUUUAUAUAAUAAUUUUCGAGAAAUAAUACGUAUAAAAUUUUUUUUAAUUUUGAAAUCAUGUUCUGAAAUGUUGACGUAUAAUUAAAAGAAUCGUCCUGCGUAUACUGAUUAUGUACGUCAUUUGUGAACAUAUCUCGCCGAUUCGAUUGAUUAGAUUUCUACUCAUGAUCAUUAUACUAAACGUCAGUUUACGUAAUUUUAAAAACAAUUUCUUACUGGCGAUCAUCACUUUGAACAAAAUGACGUGUGCUUUUACUUUAUGCCUAUUAUGGACUAUAUAUAUAUAUUUAUACACAAUAAUAUGUGUUAUCUCAAUCAAUAUAAGGAAGGUAUGCUUCUUUACUUGCUUUUUACUUAACAUGGCAGCUACAUUGAAGUUUCUUCAAGAGUAUAUAAUGUUAUAUAUAAAGAGAUAUAGUUCUUUAGGAAUGAGUGCAUGUGUACUAUAUGUAUGUUGUUUUUAAUUUGUUAUAUGUAACUUUAUUUUGUUACAAACAAUCGAAUUUGUUGGCGAUUUCGAAAAAUGUAAUAAAUUCUUGCUUAAGAUAUAUGGAGCCAAAAUCAACUUAUUAAAUAGUUGAAUAUCCGUAAACAAUGACAAUUAACUCAGGAAUAUUGGCGUAUCGAGCAAUAAUGCUAAUAAUACAUGCAGAAAAACAAUUUUCUCGAUUCUGAUUUUUGCAAAGUAUUUUUUAUAUAAUAUGUUUUAUCGUAUAUAUAUUAUUGUUACAUUAGAAAAUUGUAAUUUGUCAACUACGUGCGCAGAUGGUAUUCAUAAAAUAAGUCGAAUUAUACUUAUACGUCAUUUCUCGUGAGUUAAUCAUUUUAAACAGAAUGUGUAGUACUGUUUUUACCAAUAAAUAGUUUAGUUUCUGAUA